GAGAGCGAAAAAGCGAAUAUAUCAAGAUGAAUCCACAUGUUCAUUCGACAAUGCAACGGUGCUUUUAUUUCCAGCCUAAAUCAGGCAGCAGAGAUUACAUAACAUUAUUAUUAGUAAACAAUAAGCGGGCGGGCUUGCUUAGCGAACUGUCAUCACGCAACACCAAGCUUGCAUUCAGUUACCAGUAACGGCGCGGACAAGAUGGUUGCGGCAUCGGGGGAAAAUGCGAAUGCCUGCGAGGUGGUCGGCCCGCGCGGCCCCGACGUCAACGAAGAGGGCUCGAUCGCGAAAUCGAGGACUCAUUAUGUCCGAGAUUGUAAGCCAGAUGGGGGCUGGGGCUGGAUGGUUACUCUGGGUGUUUUUCUUGUCUUUGUCAUCACGACAGGAUCGAGCUGGGCUUUCGGAAUAUUGUACAUUGCCUUCUUGGAUGCCUUUAACCAAAGCAAAGCUAUCACAGCGGUCCCGGGGUCCCUUAUCUUCAUGACCAUGGUUGUGACAAACCCUUACGCCGGACUCCUUGCCGACAAGUACGGUCAUCGUCCAGUCAUCUUUGUGGGAGGCGUCGUCUCCUCGCUGGCUAUCCUAGCAAGUUCCUUCGCCACAGAUUUCACCAUGCUCACCAUCAUGUACGGCUUGGUUGGAGGUAUUGGGUUUGGACUGAGCCACAUGCCUGCAGUUGUGAUGCUGAGUCACUACUUCGAUACGAAGAUCGGUACGGCCACGGGCCUGGCGAUGUCAGGGACAGGACUGGGAACCAUCUUCAUGUCCGUCGUUACACAGUACCUCGUCGACGAGUUCGGUUGGCGAGGCACCAUGAUGAUCCUCAGUGCCAUCAACGCCAACUUGUGUGUAGCGGCAGUUGUGAUGAGACCAGUCAAGUUAGGUCUGCGUCGCAUGACUCCCGCCGAAGAAGCUAAGCUCAGGUCAAAGACCAAAGCAAUUCAAGGCAUCACCUACAAAGAACUGCCUCAGGAUGAUCACCAAGAAGAUAGUCCUUGCAUCACAUCAAAUCCUAUGCAUGAACCUAAAGCUUUAAAUGGUGCUGUUCUAAAGACAAACCAAGAGAUUAAUGGAAACAUCGAAUCCAUAUCACAAACUGAGAAGUACAACAAGAAGGAUGUUGUCCUUAAAUUCAACGGUUCCUCACCAAACGGAACUGUUGGAACCGUUGAGAUUGUAACAGAGGACGUAAAGGGAGCAGAGGCCAACGGAGAAAAGGCUUAUUUCGCUUGCUGCAAAGUGUGGUCCUGCUGUGUGGCAUUCCUUGAUUCCGUGUACAGCUUUGCACUUUGGAAGAACGCUAUGUACCUCUCAUUCCUGAUGGGGAUCAACCUCACAUUCUUCGGAAUGACCAUCAUCUCUGCACAUGUGGCAAAGCGGGCUCUGGAGUAUGGUAUCCAUGACGUUCACAGUUCUUUGCUGGUAGCAGUGUUAGGUUUGAGUCAAGCAGCGGGACGAGUCCUGUCGGGUCCCCUGGUUGACCGGUGUAGGCUCAACCCUCUCCUUCUCUACCAAUCCAUGGCUGCAUUAUGCGGGGUGUCAAUCAUCGUUAGUAUCUACCUCAAGUCAUUCGCAGCUCAGGUGGUGUUUUGUUCGAUAGCAGGCUAUACCACCGGGGCCUGUGCAACACUCCAAACUGUCAUGUGUGUGUCACUCUUCGGUCCUGGCCAAAUGAAAUAUGCAUAUCCUGGUGUCAUUCUGGCCGUAGGGGUCGCUAUGCUCACCAGUCCGCCUAUAGCAGGUCUGUGUCGUGACAUCCAGGGUAAUUACGUAGGAGCCUUCUUCAUUGCCGCUGCUGCCUGUUUCUCGUCGGUGAUGGCGCACCUCCCUUUGAGCUGUUCAAUCAAGCCAGGCUCGAAACAAGCUCGGACCCCGUUGGGAGAGAAUGACGAAGGAAUCGUCUCAAACGCGUAAUUUUUUUCUUCCCUUCCUCUUUCUACAAUUUCAUGUAGGAGCAGACAUUAAAUAAAAACAAUCUUUCAUAAAUUACACCAACAAGUAUAGUAUAAAAUUAUCUUUACUUUGAUUUUAAAUUGAUCAAAAAAAAUAUUAUCAGAGCCCUAUUUCGUUAACUCAUAUUCUUCGUAUUUGAAUUUAUGAGACACUGUCGCUCUUUCUUUUAUCUAAACAUUUAAAAUGACAUUAAACAGGGUUAUUAAAACGAGGUUGAAUUCCGUAUCCACUCUUUUGCAAAGAUGAUAUCUAUGUUGUAGCUUUUUACUAUAUGUUUUCCAUACAAGUUCAUAAGAUCAUAGGUAUAUGUUACAAAAAAGUAAGAGGUCAAAAUGCAAAUUAUUGUUUUAAAUAGAGUUAUUUAUUUGUCAUAGAAAUCACGUUUGACCGACCUUGAAAUGGUGUUCUUUCGUAUAGAUACAUUGGUACAAUACAGUCACUUAUUUUACAAUUGCCUGCAAACCUGAAUUAUAUUUAUUAAGCAAAGAAUUGCAUAUUAUAUAUAUUCAUAUUAAUGUUAACAUUUGAAAAAAAAAGAAAACUCUCAGUCUUUGUCGG